AUGGCGAACCAACGCGAUAUCGACAUGGCGCGUUUGUCAAGCUUCAGCAACGUACAGAAUGGCGAUUCUCAGCAAGGUGCUCUUUCUCCUCCUCCUCUAUCCUCGGAGGACUCUCCCAUCAAUCAUCUCCUUGAACAUCAUCGACGAUUUUUGACAGAUGCUCAAGCGCCUACUUUCGCCUCAUUUCAACUGCCCUCGCACCACUUUGACACGUAUGAGACGGAAAUCUCCCAACUCUUUCGCCGCUACGACUAUGACCGAAACCGCGCUACCAUCACCAUCAGAAUGCCCACAGCCCAAACCCCCAAGAAGAUGUGGAGCCGUCAGCCUGACCUCCAGAUUGGUGAGCGAAACACUCAGUUCCCUGGUAGUGUAGUCGAGGUCUCAUGCUCCCAGUCGAGUGCCGAUCUUGAGCCACUCGCCUACGACUACUUUUCCAACACCAACUUUGGGAUUCAGCUCUUCAUCUUUAUUGAUAUCAAAGAAAAUGCACGAAUUUCUGUCUUGCGGGGCAAUGCUGGUGUGGUUACCUGGAUUAUGCACCAGGUGGAGUUCCAGACUGCCGACAAACACCCAGCCAACAUCGAUUUGGCUCUUGAGCUCAACAUAAGGGACUUUGUUUUGAGCACAGAAGCAGAUCGGUACCGAGAUCUCGCCAUUCGAAUUCCUUUCCAUGAGCUGCACCAAAUGUUGCGUCAGGCACGAAGAGACAGCCUGGUCAAGAAGGGGCGUGGCGUCAACAUUUCCCGGCCAAAGAAGUUUGACGGCGAGAUGUUACUCCCUGCAAAUUUCCGAACAACAAAAGAUCCUGCCGCAAACGGAGACGGGCAAUUCAACGGCAACCAGACGACUGAUGAAGUCACAAAGCGACAGGGAGCCUACGGUUUCAGGCCCCGGGAGUGA